CCAAAGAUGUGGUAUGACGAUGACGACGACGACGAAGAACUAUUUUUACAUGACGAGGGCCUAAUAAUCAGGCUAGGUGAUUUGCGGGAUAGACUCGUCAGGCAGGGCUUUAUCGAACGCGACGGCAAAGACGAACCAGUUGAAAAACAAGCACAGCAAAAAGAGGAAGCACGCCGUUUAAAACAAGCUGGUUUACCACACCUAGACGUACCUACCAUCGAGCCUGAAUUUGGACGCUUUUUCAACGAUCCUACCUACAGCGACACUACUUUACUGGUUGGAACUCACUCUUUUCAUGCCCAUCGUCUUAUUCUUUCGUCGUGGAGCAGCGUCUUGAAGGAUAUCCUCAAGACCUCAGAGGAAGACUUGGUUGCAGGUAGUCAUGCCGAAGAUCCAGGAAUGCGGACGUACCGACUCGAUCAGGAUCCUGAUUGCUCCGAGGUCUUUGGUACGUUUCUGAAGUUCCUGUAUACCGAGGAGAUAACAUUCACAGAGGACAACAUCAUGCCACUUCUGCAGAUGAGCAACAAGUACGAGAUCGACGAGCUGAAUAAGCUUUGUGACAGCUACAUCGGACACCUGAAAAUGGAUGCAUCUUCGGCCAUCUCGGUACUCAUCCAGGCUAUGAAGUACAAAAUGGCACACACCAUACAGUCGUGCAUCAGUGUUCUGCGCUCUAACUUCGAGCUCCUGCAUGCAGAUCAGUUGCAGGUUCUUGAUUCGUCGUUGAUCAUUGCCUUACUGGAUUGCAAUGACCAAAGUCUCGUCGUCAAAGACGAGUUCACACUGCUCCAGAAGUUGAUCCCAUGGUUAACUAACUGCACAGACAAUGAGACCUUCAAGACCGUAGUAGGGUACAUCCGGUUCCCUUUCAUGUCAGCUCUGCAGCUGAAGGCAGUCAUGUCGUCUGUCAUCAUGAGACGAUUAGAGGAAGUCAUUCCAACCUUUCUAUUAGACGCCCUUAAGCAGCAUUCACUCUACCGCGAGGGAUUUGCCGACGAAAUCCUCCAACCUGUACUACUUCCUCGGCUUUAUCUGAAUCCGCCAGUUGCACUGUUCGGCCUGUCUAAAUUCGAGACAAUAGGACAGAUGUGCGACGAAGAAGGGUUCAUGGAGUUCAAAGUAGUAGAAUCAACGUGUAGUCUUCUUCAGAACGUCCUAGUGAACAGUAGAAAAGAAUGCACCCCAAAGUAUUACGAAAUCGAUAACUCCAGGGAAUGGUGUAUCGACGUAAAACGGAUUCACCGAACCUUUGAACAGGAAGACGAAAGUUAUGUACAUGUAUUGUGUGGACUAAAUAUCGGCAUUCUACGAAAGAUCAAGCAUAACUGUCGUCAGCUCUACGCAAUGACGGGUGCGCGGGUUCAGAGAGCUGAAGAAUCGUACCGGGGUGACCAGAUUGUCGAAGUGGCAGUACAGGUCAAGUACGAAGAUGGGUCUGAUUAUCUAUUUGCUUCAAGGCGUCCUCUCUUGUCGAAAUAUCAAGACCAGGAACGUGAUGGGGAAACGGAUGAUGUGCCUCUUUUCACUUUCGAAACACCCUGCACCAUUCGGUCACUGACAGCGAAAGUCAAAGUGAGAGUGUCCGUUGUCAUCCAUCGAAGCCCAGAAAGUCAGUCUAAAGACAAGUAAAUGUGUGAAUACACUGAGGGUAGAUUGAUGAGACCAUUGGCGUAACUACAGGGGGCACGUACCCCCAAUCAUAAUUGUAAAAAUGAGAGAGAGAGAGAGAGAGAGACAGACAGACAGAGAGACAGAGAGAGAUGGGGGAGAGAAAAGAAGCGAAAUGAAAAGAGGCGGGGAUAGGACGAGAAAUAUAGAUAACAUGACCUUACCCUAUUCUACAUCCUCUCCCUAUAAUUAAAGCCUUGUUAAUUCGUAUUUUUCAUUCAUGGACUUUCACAUCGGUGCUCCCUUCCCCAUUAUACCAUUGUCCCUGUACCACCUCCCCCUCCCCCUCCCCUCCCCCUCCACCUCUACCCCCCUUGCCUUUCGGCUUGAC